AUGGCCGUGCACUGGUGGCUUCUACGCGCAGUCCAGUCCCUCGAGGACCACAUUGUCGCAUCCAUCCUCCGUCAACCUGGCUUCCACCGCGCGGUUGGCCGCAUACACAAGACGAUACACGAGAAGCAACACGGGCGAAAUCCCAACGAACCGUUGGCCCCUGGCGAAGCGACUGGACCGACAACAGCGGAUCCAAACUCUGCCAACAGGAAUGAACGCUUCGCGAAGCACUUUCUAGACGAAAUAAAGAAUCAAUUUAGAGGAAAGCCGACCGACUUUCCGGGCGACAAGACUAGAAAGUAA